AUGAUUGGCAAGUUUCUUACAGGUAAAAGAAGAGUAAAGGAUUUAUUACUUCAAAAAGAUAAUCGCUUUUGUGCUGAUUGCAAUGCUCCAGAUCCUAAAUGGGCGUCAACCAAUAUUGGAGUUUCUGUAUGCUUAAAAUGUUAUGGUGUGCACAGAAGUAUUGGCUCUCAGAUAUCAAAUGUUUUGUCUGUGACAUUGGAUGAAUGGUCAAGUGAUGAAAUAGAUGCAAUGAUUGAAGUUGGAGGAAAUUCUUCUGCUAAUUCAAUUUAUGAGACUUAUUUUCCCAAAGGAUAUACAAAACCUGGACUAGAUGCCAGUCAUGAGCAGCGUGCGAAAUUCAUCCGGUUAGAUAUGUUUUCAUCUAAUAACUUUACACUGUACAUCUACCAUUCUUAGCAUCAUUUUGCUUGUUUUAUAAAUCUAUUAUAUAUUAUAUUUAUGGUCACCAUAAAAUGGGUAAAAAAUGUAGUCAACUUUAUAUGAUAU